AGAAAUGACCUGUCUUUUAGCGGGCGUCUAGCUGCAGGGUACGGUGAUGUAAAAUGACGGGUUGCCCAGGAGGACUAAGCUGGACCAAUGAGGAAAGGGAAGGGGCUGGUUUGCCUGUUCUCACGCCCAGCCCUCAUAUCCAGGCGGAGGAAAGUUUUGCCUGUAGGAGGGCGAGGAGUGAACAUGGCAGCGCGUUGGUGGUUUUGGUGUGUCUCCGCGACUAUGGCGGCGGUCCUGCUGCUCGUUUACGAGGUUCCCUCGGCCUCUGCCCAAAGAAAAAAGGAGAUGGUGUUAUCUGAAAAGGUUAGUCAACUGAUGGAAUGGACCAGUAAAAGGCCUGUAAUAAGAAUGAAUGGAGACAAGUUCCGUCGCCUUGUUAAGGCCCCACCAAGAAAUUACUCUGUGAUUGUCAUGUUCACUGCUCUACAACUUCAUAGACAGUGUGUCGUUUGCAAGCAAGCUGAUGAAGAAUUCCAGAUCCUGGCAAACUCAUGGCGAUACUCCAGUGCAUUUACCAACAGGAUUUUUUUUGCCAUGGUGGAUUUUGAUGAAGGCUCUGAUGUAUUUCAGAUGCUAAACAUGAAUUCAGCUCCAACUUUCAUCAACUUUCCUGCAAAAGGGAAACCCAAACGGGGUGAUACGUAUGAGUUGCAAGUGCGGGGUUUUUCAGCAGAGCAGAUUGCCCGAUGGAUUGCAGACAGAACUGAUGUCAAUAUUAGAGUAAUUAGACCUCCAAAUUAUGCUGGUCCCCUUAUGUUGGGAUUGCUUUUGGCUGUUAUUGGUGGACUUGUGUAUCUUCGAAGAAGUAAUAUGGAAUUUCUCUUUAAUAAAACUGGAUGGGCUUUUGCAGCUUUGUGUUUUGUGCUUGCUAUGACAUCUGGCCAGAUGUGGAACCAUAUAAGAGGACCACCAUAUGCUCAUAAGAAUCCCCACACAGGACAUGUGAAUUAUAUCCAUGGAAGCAGCCAGGCCCAGUUUGUAGCUGAAACACACAUUGUACUUCUGUUUAAUGGCGGAGUUACCUUAGGGAUGGUACUUUUAUGUGAAGCGGCUACCUCUGACAUGGAUAUUGGAAAACGAAAGAUAAUGUGUGUGGCUGGUAUUGGAUCUUGUCAUUACUAUUCUUCAGUUGGAUGCUCUCUAUUUUCAGAUCUAAAUAUCAUGGAUACCCAUACAGCUUUCUGAUGAGUUAAAAAGGAUCGCAGAAAUAUGUAGACACUGGAGUAAUGGAAAUUGAAAAAUGAAAAAUGUGUGUGUUUGAAAAUAAGAAUACAACUUGUGUAUUUUGUAUUACCUCUUUUUUUGAGUCAUUUAAAUAGUUAAUAAUUUAACCAAAGAAGAUAUCUAGUGCCUUAAUAAGCAAUUUCCUGUCAAAAUUAUGAAGUAUUUGGAAAUUAUUCCCUUUUUAACUUUCCCUUCCCAGUGAACUUUAUGGAACAUUUAAUUUAGUAGAAAUAAGUACAUUAUUAAAAUUUCAAAACUACUACUUUUUAAAUUAGAACAAAGCUCAAAAGUGCUUUGGUUAACUUUUAGUCAUCUGAUUUUAUAUUAUACUAUCCAAAGAUGGGGAAAGAAAAUCCUGACCAGGUGUUGCCACGUGUCUAUUAUAGAUAAUUGCAUCAGGAUUAGCUUUUCUAUCUUUCCAUGGAUGUAUAUACUUUACACAUCUUUCAUUUUGGGUAGACAAAUUAAAACAACACCAUUCUUCAGUGUAUACAUCUAGCCUUUAAAAACACCAUCCUCCUCCCCUCCUCCUGCAUUUUUCCUACUGAAAUAGUGCUAUUUGUGCUUAUUUAUAGCUGUAGAUGUUAAAAAAUAUUCUAAAUACAGGAUUACUAUUUCUGUAUGAGUGUGGUAGUAACUACCUUGUAUUUGAAAUAUUUCAGAUUCAUUUCACCUCCUCAGUUUUAUUUAAGGUGGCCCAUUUCUAAUAAAGAUAUAGCUUAGUGCUAAAAUCAGUGUAACUUAUAAGUGGUCAAAAAUGUUUCUGUAAAUUAGAAAUUGUCACUUAUUUCAUUUGUACCUAAGAGAAAAAUAGGCUCAAUUGUGUGUUAGGAAAAUACUCCCUUAGAAUGAAAAAAAUAAUCAUGAAAUAUUGCUUUGUUGCCUACGUAUAGAAAUUAAGUGUUUCUUGAAAGGUGUUCUUUCUGUUUUUGCUGUUAUUUUAGCCUUUAUUAUAUUCCUUUAAUUGGAGAUACAAAGUAAAAAUUUGAAGUUUUGUUUGAGUUUUGUCUUUUUCAAUGGAAAUAACCAUAUUUGCUAACCAAAUUUCUCUGAAAAUGUUUACAUGGUAUCAUUACAUCUAACUAUAACCUUCCCUAUAGCUAUGGAGAAUAACCUAAAAUGCCACUAUUAUAGAAUUAUGAGAAUUGUAAUUCUGAAAAAGUAAUUUUAAAUGAAUCUUAGAAUUAUUACAUUAAAUCCGGGUGUGGUGGCUCACGCCUGUAAUCCCAGCACUUGGGAGGCUGAGGCGGGUGGAUUGCCUGAGUUCACAGGUUUGAGACCAGCCUAAGCCAGAGUGAGACCCCCGUCUCUAAAAAAUAGCUGGGUGUUGUGUUGGGUGCCUGUAGUCCCAACUACUUGGUAAGCUGAGGCAAGAGGAUCACUUGAACCUAAGAGUUUGAGGUUGCCAUGAGCUAAGACAUCACAGCACUCUACCAAGGGUGACCAAGUGAGACCCUGACUCAAAAAAAAAACAGAAACUGCCUUCAGCUGAUUGCCAUCUAAUAAUCGUCCCAUGUGGUUCGGAAAUCUUAGUAUAAUAGAGGUUUACAAACAAAGAUAAUGAAUAUAAUUGCCUCAGAAGAAAUGUUUUAUUUGGGUUUUUCAUAUUACAUUUGGUGAGUGGGGGACUAUAGUUCACCCUUUACUAUUUAGUGGAGCCACUUUUUUGUAAUUAAACCCUUGUACAUCAUGUGAUUCUAUAUUCCUUAUCUAUUGUUCUGUACUUGUCUCAGGUCAAAUAAAUUUAUGCUGUGAUUCUUAUGA